AUGAAAGCUUCUCAAAAAAUUGUUACUAAUGAUCAAAUGCAAACAAAUAAGUCUAAAAAUUACCAUCAAGGAGUUAAACAUCAUCAUGAUAUUAAUAAUAAUCAAGAAACUGAUCUCUUACCUGAAAUUUCUUUGACAAUGGAAUCAAUAGAGAAAUAUGCAUCUAAUAAUAAAGAAAUUACCAAAGUUACCAGUGAAAAUGUUUUUGACAUGUGUGAUGAAAUGAAGAUAAUGUUUAUACAAAGUCGUAAUCCUGACUCAGAUGCAAUUGCAGCUGUCGCUUAA